UCCGCCCUCCGCCCUCCGGACCGCUGCAUCCACAGGCCGUCAGCAAGCAGUCCUCGACGCCCGGCCAUGGCCCUGUGGACGCGCCUCCUGCCCCUGCUCGCCCUGCUGGCCCUCUGGGCGCCCGCCCCGGCCCAGGCCUUCGUGAACCAGCACCUGUGUGGCUCGCACCUGGUGGAGGCUCUGUACCUGGUGUGCGGGGAGCGCGGCUUCUUCUACACACCCAAGGACCGCCGGGAGCUGCCCGACCCGCAGGGGGGGGAGGUGGAGAUGGGCGCGGGCGGCCCGCAGGCCCUGGCCCUGGAGGGGCUCCUGCAGAAGCGUGGCAUCGUGGACCAGUGCUGCACCAGCAUCUGCUCGCUCUACCAGCUGGAGAACUACUGCAACUAGGCCCCCCACGCCCAGCCGCCCUGGG